GCUGGGAUGAGAUGAGAACCACCAAGGAGCAGCAGCUUCCGGGUUUUACCGGGAUGGCUCCCCAAAGCCAGCCUCUUGCAAAAGCUGUGGUGUCCCAAGGAAAGCUGCUCGGGUCUGCAAGGUACUGGACGGAUGCCGGAACCUUUGGUUCCAAACGGUGCAGCGAGCCGGCAGCACCAAGGAUCUUCCGGGAGGAAAGGCGCAUCGCCAUGGCGGUAGCGCCGUUCUUGAAGCACUGGCGCACCACUUUCGAGCGGGUGGAGAAGUUCGUGUCCCCGACCUACUUCACCGACUGUAACCUUCGCGGCAGGCUCUUUGGGGACAGCUGCCCAGUGACACUCUCCAGCUUCCUGACGCCCGAGAGGCUUCCCUACCAGGAGGCAGUGCAACAGAACUUCAGCCCCGCCCAGGUCGGCGACAGCUUCGGACCCACAUGGUGUACUUGCUGGUUCCGGGUGGAACUGGUCAUCCCUGAAGCUUGGGUGGGCCAGGAAGUUCAUCUUUGCUGGGAAAGCGAUGGAGAAAGCCUUGUCUGGCGUGAUGGUGAACCUGUCCAGGGUUUGACAAAAGAGGGUGAAAAGACCAGUUAUAUCUUGACUGAUAAGCUAGAAGAAGAAGAGCCUCGGAGCUUGACCCUCUAUGUGGAAGUAGCCUGCAAUGGGCUUCUGGGGGCCGGGAAGGGAAGCAUGAUUGCAGCCCCUGACCCGGAGAAGAUGUUCCAGCUGAGCCAGGCUAAGCUGGCUGUGUUCAACCGGGAUGUCCACAGUCUCCUUGUGGACCUGGAGCUGCUGCUGGGUGUGGCCAAGGGCCUCGGGGAGGACAACCAGCGCAGUUUCCAGGCCCUGUACACAGCCAACCAGAUGGUGAACAUGUGUGAUCCUGCCCAGCCUGAGACCUACUCGGCAGCCAAGGCCCUGGCCUCCAAGUUCUUCGGCCAGUGUGGAGGUGAAAGCCAACAUACGAUCCAUGCCAUGGGGCACUGCCACAUUGAUACAGCCUGGCUGUGGCCCUUCAAGGAGACUGUGAGGAAAUGUGCCCGGAGCUGGUCAACAGCUGUGAAGCUCAUGGAGCAGAACCCUGAGUUCAUCUUUGCCUGCUCUCAGGCCCAGCAGCUCGAGUGGGUGAAGAGCCACUACCCUGGCCUGCAUGCCCGGCUCCAGGAGUUUGCCUGCCGAGGACAGUUUGUGCCUGUGGGGGGCACCUGGGUAGAAAUGGAUGGGAACCUUCCCAGUGGAGAGGCCAUGGUGAGGCAGUUCCUACAGGGCCAGAAUUUCUUUCUGCAAGAGUUUGGGAAGAUGUGUUCUGAGUUCUGGCUGCCAGAUACAUUUGGCUACUCAGCACAGCUCCCCCAGAUCAUGCGUGGCUGUGGCAUCAAGCGCUUUUUGACACAGAAACUGAGCUGGAACUUGGUCAACUCCUUCCCACACCACACCUUUUUCUGGGAGGGGCUGGAUGGCUCCCAAGUGCUGGCACACUUCCCACCUGGCGACUCCUACGGAAUGCAGGGCAGUGUGGAAGAGGUGCUGAAGACUGUGACCAACAACCGGGACAAGGGGCGGACCAACCACAGUGGCUUCCUCUUCGGCUUCGGGGAUGGGGGUGGUGGCCCCACACAGACCAUGUUGGACCGCUUGAAGCGGCUGGGCAACACUGACGGGCUGCCCAGGGUGCAGCUGUCUUCUCCUGAACAGCUCUUCACAGCACUGGAGACAGACUCCCAGCAGCUGUGCACGUGGGUUGGGGAACUCUUCCUGGAACUGCAUAAUGGCACCUACACUACCCAUGCCCAGCUCAAGAAGGGGAACCGGGAGUGUGAGCAGAUUCUUCAUGAUGUGGAGUUGCUCAGCAGCCUGGCCCUAGCCCGCAGUGCCCAGUUCCUGUACCCAGCAGCCCAGCUGCAGCACCUCUGGAGGCUCCUGCUCCUCAACCAGUUCCAUGAUGUGGUGACCGGAAGCUGCAUUCAGCUGGUGGCAGAAGAUGCCAUGAGCUAUUAUGAAGACAUCCGUUCUCACGGCAGUACAAUGCUCAGCGCUGCAGCUGCAGCCUUGUGUGCUGGAGAGCCAGGUCCCGAGGGCCUCCUCAUUAUCAACACGCUGCCCUGGAAGCGCACUGAAGUGUUGGCACUGCCCAAGCCUGGUGGGGCUCACAGUCUAGGCCUUGUCCCCAGCCCUGGUGACAGUGCCCAGUGUUGGCUAUGCGCCUGCGCCCACCCCUACCUCACUACAGCCCCUGCUACCACAGCAGCCCGUGUUCGUGAUGCAGGAGGUAGCUCAACGAUCCUUCCCCGCAAGACUGAUGGUUCCGUGAUUCUGGACAAUGGCAUCAUCCGGAUAAGAUUGGAUCCAACUGGCUGCCUUACUUCCCUGGUCCUGGUGGCUUCUGGCAGAGAAGCCAUUGCUGAGGGAGCCCUGGGGAACCAGUUCGUGCUGUUUGAUGAUGUGCCGUUAUACUGGGAUGCGUGGGAUGUCAUGGACUACCAUCUAGAGACACGGAAGCCUGUGCUGGGCCAGGCUGGGACCCUGGCAAUAGGUGCUGAAGGUGGCCUUCGGGGCAGUGCCUGGUUCCUCUUACAGAUCAGCCCCAACAGCCGGCUCAGCCAGGAGGUUGUGCUGGAUGUUGGCUGCCCCUAUGUCCGAUUCAACACCGAGGUACACUGGCAUGAGGCCCACAAGUUCCUGAAGGUGGAGUUCCCUGCUCGAAUCCGGAGCCCGCAGGCUACCUAUGAGAUCCAGUUUGGGCACCUUCAGAGGCCUACCCACUACAACACCUCUUGGGACUGGGCUCGAUAUGAGGUGUGGGCGCACCGCUGGAUAGAUCUGUCUGAGUGUGACUUUGGGCUGGCCCUGCUCAACAGCUGCAAGUAUGGAGCGUCAGUGCGAGGCAGCGUCCUCAGCCUCUCCCUGCUGCGUGCACCUAAGGCCCCAGAUGUUACUGCUGACAUGGGGCGCCAUGAAUUCACGUAUGCCUUGAUGCCACACAAAGGUUCCUUCCAAGAAGCUGGUGUUAUCCAUGCUGCCUACAACCUCAACUUUCCCCUGCUGGCAUUGCCAGCUCCAGGCCCAGCACCUGCCACCACCUGGAGCGCCUUUUCCGUAUCUUCCCCGGCUGUCGUGUUGGAGACCAUCAAGCAGGCCGAGAAGAGCCAUCAGCACCGCACACUGGUUCUGAGGCUGUAUGAGGCUCAUGGCAGCCAUGUGGACUGCUGGUUACACACAUCGCUGCCUGUUCAGGAGGCCAUUCUUUGUGACCUCCUGGAGCAGCGAGACCCUACUGGUCACCUGUCCCUUCAGGACAACCGCCUGAAGCUCACCUUUUCUCCCUUCCAAGUGCGGUCCCUAUUGCUUGUGCUCCAGCCUCCAACAAACUGAAUCUUGUUUGUGGAGGGCUUUGGGAACUCCUCAUUUCCAUCUCCCCAGCCGGAGGCAUUUUGUACAAUAAAUGCUUAGAUUAGCA